AUGACGGCGACUUCUGCUGUGCCCAAGGAGCUGUGGCCGACAUUGUUCGAGAAGGUAAGGCAUAUGAAAAGGCACAACAAGAGCAUUUGCAAAAGCACGCUUUGUCCGCAUGCCUUUCUUUUUGAAAUACAGGCAUAUGCAAAGGUCCGCGCCCUUUCCACUCACACAGGACACGUGUGCAUUGCUCUGAUGUCCAUCGUUGUGUAGACGAUGGGCGGCUAUGCGUCGAUCGACGGGAGCUUCGCGCCUGACAACCUUUAUCUCCUCUCGGGGUGGAUUGCUGAGUGCAUCGACUUUGACAAGCUGCAGAAGAACAUGAGAAGAAGCAUUGACCAACUCUGGAGCGACAUCCUUCAGCUUCUCCGUGACCGCAAAGCUGUCGCAUGUCUGGCCACCCCAGCCUCUUCAGAUCGGCAGGUAGAAAGCGCCAUUGGGAACACAGGUGAGGCUUCUACCAGCCCUUGAUUACUACCUGUAUUUCAACAUGAAAUAUUCGUGUAUCUUGCGCUCAGGACUCCUCUCACAGCACGCGUACUCCGUGCUCGAAGCAGCUGAAGUCGACGGCAACAAGCUCAUGUUCAUCCGCAAUCCACAUCGACAAACUCGCUGGAAGGGCAAAUUCUCGCCAUCCGAUAGACUCUCUUGGACCCACAGAAUGAAGGACGAGCUACAAUACGACCCGCAGAAGGUGGUGGAGCCACAUCGGCAUCCAGCAAAUUGCAAGCCGACCUCUACGGAGGCACAUGUGUCGACCUCUGUGCGUGUGUGUGUGUGUGUGUGCAGCAUCAGAACGACGAUGGAUGUUUUUGGAUGGAAUGGAAGGACAUAUCAACGCACUUCGAUGGGAUUUCUUUGGCGUAUGACCCCUCAAUCUUCCCGCAUCGAGUCGAUGUUCACUCAUGGUGCCCAUAGAGCUUAUGAUUCUGGAUGGUAGAUUAUCCGUUGUCCGUCAAAUUGUGUAUGCAGCUUCGAUCCUACAGGCCAAGCCGCAUUCGUCAGCAGUGCUCGCAGAGUGUCCGCCUUCAGUCCGCAAUUCGUUCUGGAGCUGAAGCCGACAAAAGACGAUCUGUGUCUCUCUGAGGUGGAGGUGUGGGUGCAGCUGCAUCGGCAUAUCAGCGCUGCGGAUCACGUCAAAGAGGAGAAGGAAAAGAAGAUCAGUAUCACAACUCACGUCUUCGAGGGGGGUGAUCGAGUGCAAUUAAUUGAUGGCGAACGAUGGUCGAAGCUGAGUAUGGCAACGUACAUGAUGAUCAAGCUGGACAAGUUCCGUUUGCCCUGGAGGAAGAGGGACGAUCCGGUAGAGAGAGAGCUUUCAGACUACAACCUCAAGUAUACCAUCGUGGUCGGGCAAUACAAACGCAAGGUGAGGACAGCAAGACAAAAAACCGACCAUGCUUUCAUCCACGGAUAUGUGUAUUCAAACCCAGGAGGCCUUCAACUUCACGUUCAGUGUCUUUUCGACAGUGAAGGCCACGUUGCAUGAGCUGCCCCCGGUGAUACCUCAAGGGUGGAUCUCGCAAUAUCAUGACGGAGAAUGGACCAAAGAGAACGCAGGCGGGUGCAGAAACCAUCCCACAUUCGACAAGAAUCCUCAGUACUCUGUGAUCACGCCCGAGGACGUGAAGGCGGUCGUUCUGCUGGAAUCUCAGCAUGUGGGCCAAAAAAAGCGCACACGUUGAAAACACAGAUGAGCGAAGUCUCUGCUGCUCUCGACAGCCUCACGGCGUCGCAGUUGUACAAGACGUAUUCAGAAAAAUCGCUUACACACUGAGUUUUUACCUGCAAACCGACACCACCUUUAAGGUGAGCAAAAGCAUCCAAUGGCGUCAGAAGGAAUGGUGCAGCUAUGAUUGUGUCUCACAGGCCGGCGAGAAUCGCUUGACUGUGACAACCUAUGAGCCGCAGCAGUUGGGCAAGUACCGGCUGAGCAUUCACACCCCUCCGCUGUCCGGCAGCCCUGUCUAUCCCGUUGUCAAGCGCGUGAAGUAAGGAAUUCAUCUCUGUGUAAUGUCUGUGUAAUGUUUGUAACCAGAGGAGAUCGCUGUGUGAGUAGGUGGCUGUAUGUGGCUUCGGAUUUUUUCUUUGGCUGUGCGUAGCGUUGUCAGCCGUCAUGUCCAGAGAUAGGGGAGACUGCGAGAGAAGUACACCCGACUUUGCGCAGCUAUUUUCGGUGACUGACUGUCUGUGUCAACGAGUCGAUGUAGGUAUGUAAGGCUGUGCGAGACAUGCAUGGAAACAUUGGAUUUGUGCGCCUGAGCCAUAUCCACACGGUUGACUCCCUCACACACCCCCACAGACAAAGGACUUGAGACACAAAGAUACUACAUAUCAAACACAC